UUCGAGUUCAGCAAUGGAUCAAGCAGCAGCAGGCAAUGGCGUUACGUCUGGACCUCUCAAGCUGACGCUAACCAGACGGGUCCCCGGGCUGUUCGACCGGAAGCUGCAUGUCACCGACGGUCAGGGUAGCCUCGUGUUCCGCACGGUGAGCGUCCGCCCCGCCUUCAACUUCCGGCUCCGGACCGCGCUCGCCGACGCGUCAGGGAACCAUCUCAUGCGCUUCCGCAGGAAGUGGAUGGGUUCGCACCACGGGUGGCAAGUCUUCAGGGGCGAAAGCUUCGACCCCAACAAUCUCGCCUUCACGGUGGAGCCAGACAAGAGGUUUCAGAUCAACGCCACCAUGAAGCUCUUCCUGGCGGCCAACUCCACCAGGCAACGAUGCGACUAUCGUGUCCAAGGGAGCUUCCUCACGAAAUCUCUCAAGGUCUACAAGGGCGACUCUUCUCAGGUCGUUGCACAGAUGGUCAAGGAGAAGCCUGCUUUCAGCAUCGGAGGGAAGGGCUACACAAUAUCGGUGAAUCAGAACGAGGAUCUCGAACUGAUCCUUGUCUUCCUCGCGAUACGCCACGAGAAGUUCAGGGUCAGGAGGAUGAACCUGUACACCAUGGGCAUCGCUCAUGCUGUCAAUGCUGCUGCAGGUCUCUUCUUCUAAGCAGAUGUAUACUAAUAUCAAGUCUUCUGCGCAAACUGAGCUGCAGCGAGUAGAACUGAAAACCGUCACGGCGUUCCUGCUGAAUAUAUGACCUUACACCUGCAAGUGUUCCUGCUGAAAGUCUGAAAUGCCCUCACACCUCUGCAUGCAUCGUGUCUGAAUAUAUGAA